AUGAAGCUCUUGUCGACCCUGCCGCAGCGCAUCCCCACCUUCGCCCUUCCCCGCGCCUCCACAUCGCUCGCAGGCGCUUGUCGCUCCACCAUGUCCGCCGCCUCUCCCUCCACCGGCGGUGCCACGCGCUGGGCCACUCAGCGCGCCGAGCGCAUCCAUGCCGAGCUCAACGCAGGCGUCGAUGUAUGGACUCUCUUCAAUCCCGUCGUCUUCCCCACCGCCAUCAAUCUCGGCCAGGGCUUCAUGAAUUGGCAGCCGCCAUCGUACAUCCUCGAUGCCAUCACCACCGAGUUCGCCAACCGUGUCGAUCUGCAUCACUACUCGCAUCCCAAGGGGCGUCCUCGUCUGCGUCAGGCCAUCAGCGACUUUUACUCGCCCGAGUUCCACCUCCCCUCGGGAGCUAGCGAAGGCGACCGCAUUCGGCCGGGCAGACAGCGUGCUGCCGGAUCGCGCAAGCUCGACGUCGAGACCGAGGUGCAGGUGACGAGCGGCGCCAACGGGGGUAUCUACUCGGUCAUGGGCGCUUUCAUCAAUGACGGCGAUGGCGUGGUGUGCAUCGAGCCGUUUUUCGAUCAGUACAAUGCAGAGAUCCUCUUCCACGGCGGCGUGCCGCUCUACGUGCCCCUCCUCCCGCCCACGGAUGCGAAAGACGCACACAUCGAUUCGAACGAAUGGACGCUCGACAUGGCGCACCUCGAGAGCGUUCUUGCAAAGCCAUCAACAAAGGCUCUCAUCCUCAAUACGCCGCACAAUCCGGUGGGCAAGGUGUUUUCGAGCGAGGAGUUGGGAAAGAUCGCCGAGCUUUGUGUCAAGCACGAUAUCCUUGUGGUUGCCGACGAGGUGUACGACUGCCUUACGUUUGACAAUCACAAGCACGUGCGACUGGCGAGUUUCGAGGGCAUGUGGGAUCGCACCAUUACGGUGGGUUCGGCGGGCAAGUCGUUUGCGUGUACGGGAUGGCGCGUGGGGUGGUUGGUGGGACCGGAUCAUUUGAUCGCGCCGGCACGCGCCGUGCAUACGCGCAUCACGUUUGCCGUCAACUCGUCCGCCCAGGAAGGCGCAGCCAUCGGUCUGGAAGCCGCCAACAAGCACGACUUUUUCAACACCCAGAUCAAUCAAUACGCCGAGAGGAGAAAAGUCCUCCAAACUGCGCUGGACGACAUUGGUUUGCCAUACACCGUCCCACAUGGAGGCUACUUUGUCAUGGCCGACGUAUCCAAGCUCAAGAUCCCAGGUGACUGGGUCGAGAAGAACGACGUGCCAAAAGCAAUUCUCGCCAAGCACGACGAUUAUUUAAAGGCGUGGUUCAUCGCAAAGACGUGCGACGUGGUCGUCAUCCCCGCAACCGCGUUUUAUGCAGACAAAGGCGCUGGAAAGGUGGGCAAGAACUACGUCAGGUUCAGCUUCUGCAAGGACGACCAGAUCCAACAAGCCGCCCCGCGCCUCCGCAACCUCAUCCCCUUUCUCCAGUCCUAG